AUGUUAGACGCAUUCGAGAUCAUAAACGCAUCUGGUGUAGUUCUCUGGUCGAGGACCUAUGCGCCCGUCAGCCCGGCCGUUGUCAACAGCUUCAUCUCGGAUGUCUUCAUCGAGGAGAAGAGCACCGUGGCAAGUGCGGUGCAGGGCGCGAAGGAUGGCGCAUCGGCGGCGGCCAAUCCGCCAUACCGGCACGACCAGCACAGUCUGCGAUGGACCUUUGUCAAGGAACUUGGCAUCAUCUUUGUCGCAGUCUACCGCUCUCUCCUACACCUGCCCUGGAUCGAGAAGCUUGUCGACAAUAUUAGGGCCAUCUUCGUGAGCCUGUAUGGUGACCAGCUCACUAGGCCGAACACCACAAUUGUGGAGUGUGUCAAGUUUGAUGAGUACUUUGACCAGCAGCUACAGGAGUUGGAGCAGGGCAGCGGGAAGUCGGACACACGCGCAUUCAAGGCCGACGUCAUAGCCGAAGAUAAGCCCCCUUUGCCGCCUUCACUCGCGCACAAUCAGAAGUCCAAUAAGACAUCUCCCGAUUCCACGCCCAUCGCAACGCCGACCAAUGCCUCACGCCCUUCAACUCCCAGCCCAAGCCACCUGUUAGUGGCAAAGCCUGGCCCCGGCGGGAAGUUGUCGCGACGAGCGAGGAAAAUGCAGAACAAUAACUCGGCGCCCGCUUCGUCAGGGGAUGAAGGAUCAGGACGAAAGACAAAAGUGGCAAAGCCGGCUAAGCGGGGAAGGAAGUGGGAUGCGGAUGGGCUUGCGGACGAGACCGACGAUGUGCAACUCGACUACUCUGUUCCCGCGUUGACGAGCGACAGCGAGGUAGAAGCUGGUUCGAAGCAAGGCGCCGUUGAGGAGGUGGAUGCUUCCACAUGGGGAUCGAGAACGAAGGGGAAGUUCGUGUUGAAGGAGCUGGGGGAUGAGGUCCACUCCAUUCUGGCGGACGUCGACGCCAAGAAGAUCGCCGAGGACAAGACCGAAUCCCCCAGCGGGCUGGUUGGAUCUGGCUUGAGCGCAAUCAGCGGGUUAUUCAGGAACGUUGUCGGUGGCAAGGUCUUGACGAAACAGGAUCUGGAGAAGGCUAUGAAGGGCAUGGAGGAGCAUCUUCUCAAAAAGAACGUUGCGCGCGAGGCCGCGGUGCGGCUGUGCGAGGGCGUUGAGAAGGAGCUGGUGGGGGUCAAGACGGGGAGCUUUGAGAGCAUCAACACCAGGAUACAAAAAGCCAUGGAGGCGUCCCUCACAAAAAUGCUGACGCCGACCUCCUCGCUCGAUCUCCUCCGCGAGAUCGACUCCAUCGCAUCCCCGCCGGCAACCUCCCUCCGUAAGCCGCGGCCGUACGUUAUGUCCAUUGUGGGAGUCAACGGCGUGGGCAAGUCCACCAACCUGUCCAAGAUCUGCUUUUUCCUCUUACAGAACCAGUACAAGGUGCUCAUUGCCGCGGGCGACACUUUCCGGUCUGGUGCCGUUGAGCAGCUGGCGGUGCAUGUGCGCAACCUCAAGGAGCUCACGGCUCGUGAGGGCGGCAAGGUCGAGUUGUAUCAGAAAGGGUACGGCAAGGAUGCUGCCGCCGUGGCUAAGGAUGCGGUCGCUUUUGCUGCGCAAGAAGGGUACGACGUGGUGUUGAUAGAUACCGCCGGGCGCAGGCAUAACGACCAGCGCUUGAUGUCGUCGCUGGAGAAGUUUGCCAAGUUUGCUCAGCCGGACAAGAUCCUGAUGGUCGGCGAGGCACUCGUUGGCACGGACUCGGUCGCGCAGGCCAGAAACUUCAACGCCGCCUUUGGAUCGGGCCGGUCGUUGGAUGGCUUCAUAAUAUCCAAGUGCGAUACCGUUGGGGACAUGGUCGGCACCCUGGUCAGCAUCCAGCAGCAGCAGUAUGGCUUCGCUAAUUCUGCAGGGCCGCCCCCGUCCACUCUUGCUGCCCAGCUCGUCGAGAAUAUUUCGGCCUCGACCAAGCUGUCCCGGCCGGACGAGACCACGGAACUGAAGCGCCUGUUUGCCAUCAUAGAGAAAGUCAAGAACGAUCCCGGAUGCCUCAAGACCCACGAUGAGCGCGUCGAGCACAACCACCUGCUGGUCUACGUCUGCGGCGGCGUGUUCCUUGAGAGCCUCAAGCUGGACGAUGCCUUUACAGAUCGGGAAUGGCUGCGUGCAGAAGCACUGAAGGCCAUCAACUUCCUGCAGGUGACCAUCAAUGAGACACCAACUGUCCUCAAGUGCACCACCGAUGGCAAGACGUUCCUGGGACGGGGAAGCGAGCCGCUGUGGCUGUGGAUUAUGCCCAAGCUGCUCCGCAUGCUGGGUCACAGACGGUGUCUCGGUAUAUCCAGAGAGAUUGAAGGACUGUGCCGCAACCUAUUGCUGCUGGCCGCACAGAAGCCGGGUCUCUGGGACCUUGGACGGUCUCUGAUGCAAUACUUGCGGAUGAAUCUGAGUGCGAUUUUUGGUCAGCUCAAUUCAGCCAUAUCGCACUCUGGAGAACAGCCGAUAGAGAUCAAGUUACCGCCCAAGGCCUUCCUCGAGAGCUUCUCCGAUGGUGCACCCCGCGGCUGCACCUUCGCCCUUCGGGAUCCUGAACAAGCUGCCCGACAUGCCGUAAGCCUCCUAGCAAUAAUAAGAGCUACUGUUAUUUCCAAGUCAGACUCUCGGGCUUCUCUCCUCUACGGCCAGGAUCUAAUCUGGCUCUUGGACAACAUACAAUCCUGGGCCUCAACUUUGACCAGCUGGCCCACGUCUCUUGGAGCCAACCUUGACACCGUCCUCCAGAUAGCCAUAGAUCUGGCUGGCGCAAUUUUGGCAUUGGUUUGCACUGACCUCUUGCAAAACCCCAGCUCACUGCUUGCUGAAGAUGAGGAUGGCGUAACUCUCAGACGCGUAUUUUGUCUUGCUUUACUCUGGCUGGGAAGAGCGUCUCAUGACCACGCGCCCACCUCUCGACUUGUAGCUUCCAGCUUGAUUCCGUCUGCUCAAAGGCUGGUCAUGGAGAACCCCCUUGUUGGCGAGGGCACCGAUCUUUGGCGAAGUGUUCGCCUUUUGAGGGAGGCGACUGCCACCCAUCCACCCGAGCGGCCUAGCAAGGAGACAGACCCAACUAUGUUCGUGGAUAGCGAGCUCCGCCACCAGCUCUUGAGAUUAGCGCUCCGCACGCGGAGCGGUCAGCCCCGCGGUCCGGUGGCCAAACGCCGAAAGCUCGACGAUGAGGAACCGUCGUUGUUGCUUGAGGUAGCGAGCCAGCUGUGCCAGUCGGUGGACGCUAGUCCCUCAAGUGAGAUCGAGGAGCUGGAGUCGCGCAUCAUCGAUCGGUUUCCCCAAAUGGAUGAAGAGCGCCAGUGUCAUCUCAUCGACCUGAUAUCCCGUAUUGUCUGCGCUGCUGAUAGUACCCUUAAGCUCAAAAGGACCAAGCCGCAGGGGCCCCUCCGGGACAACCCACCGCCACCACUGCCACUGAACCGACAUGAAGCCGCCAAAUCACUUGGAAUCGGCACCUUUAGCAAGGUAAUCAAGCUCCCGAGCUUCCUGGAAUCGAGGAAGCCCAGAGUGACUGCCAUGAUUGUCCUUCGACGCAUCGCACGACACUCGACGGAUGGGGAUCUUUGGGACUUGGAAAAGCCCGGUCCCGGGCAGUGGUGUCUGCAGUCACUGCAGAGCUCCAUCCGUGAGCUCCGCAUUGCCGCUGGACGGGCACUUUCUGUCUUCAUAUCCGAGCCACCAACUGCUAGGUUUGACGGCGAAGUGUUGAAGCGGAAUCGAUCCAAUGCCCUGGGCAUUCUCAAAUCGCUUUCGGACAAGGAAGCCCCGAAUCUGCACGAGACUUGCAUAAUGGCCUGGGGCCAGGUGGGCAGAGUGGUCUCCGCCGAGGAGCUCAACCUGGUCGUCAUCAAACUCGUCGAGUACCUUGGACACCGCAGCAUGCUAGUGUCCGGUUUCGCCUUCAACGAGGUUCUGAACCUCGCUGACUUCCGCGGGAAGUCAGUAGCGCAACUAUUCCAGCCCUUCUGGCCGAGCCUGGCCUUUUCGGUCGUCAAAGACCUGGUUUCCAAGCCGCAGACGGCGCGGCUGGUCGCCGAUUUAAUGCAAAUGAGUGUGCCGGACCUCCUGCGCAUGCUGCAAGAGCAUGCUCUUCCAUGGCUCGUGCUCACCAAGAAACGGGACGUGGUUCAGAAAUGUGCCGAGGCCCUGGGCUGGAAAGAGACAUGGCAGCUGUGUACGGAUCCGGCCAACCUACCAUCCAUCCUCGCCCUUCUCCUUGUGCAGGACGUCCCUGAUAUAGCCGGACAUGCUAUGUCGUUGCUCGUGCACGUUUCCUCCCAUUUUGACAGGUUUGAAUUCGUGGAGCUGCUGCGAACGGACCCUCUUAUGAUCGCCCUAGAACUCUUCAAGGCUGGGGCUGAAGCGAAUGACGCCCGGAAAGCUAAGGUAUGUCAGAAGGACAAGCGGGUCAAAAAGUCGCACAUCGUCGGACGCUAUCUCCAACAGCACGCCCUCGGUCUGACGGCACGGCUGAGCGAAGUCAUCAAUGAUACCAUGCUAUCACGCCCCCCUGUUUCGGAACAGCGGCGAUGCCUGGGGGCGAUGGAGGAGAUGGUCAGGGUUUGCAACUCGUAUGUGUGUAUUGCGCGACCUCAGAUCUCGGCUUGUCUCAUUUCGGCUCUGGCUUCCGACGAGCUACGGUCUGCCGCCUUCUCCUGCUGGGAGGCCAUGCUUACUCACAUGGAGGAAGCCGACGUGGAGGCGCUGAUCGAGACGACGUUCUUCAUCAUUGGCUGCUAUUGGACAUCUUUUGAUAUGGCGACUAGGAAGAAGGCGAAGGGGCUGAUCUCGACUCUUUUGGACAAUCACAAGGGCAUCGUCGAGAUCUACUCGAACAGACUGCCCUCGCUGAGCCAUAUUCCCGAGUUGGCAGACCUCUGCAAGGCAAUAGACACGCUCCGCCCUCCCUUGGACACCAUGGGCACUUUCGCUGUGUUUUCCCGGCGGCUGAGCCACGAGAACCCCGGCGUAGUUGAACAAGCUCUGAUCGAGCUGAACACGUUCCUCGAGAAGAACCAGGGCUCACUCCAGACGUCGGCCAUCAGCGAGCAGCCGGGCCCAAUUGUGCCGGCGCUUGCCCGUUCACUUUUGGACUGUUCUGCCAAGUACAGCGGCUGGGAUGCCAAUAUUAGCCGUCUAUGCGCGCAGGCUAUCGGGCAUAUGGGCUGUCUGGACUCGAACCGUCUAGAGACGGUACGCGAGCAGAAGCAAUUCAUCGUCCAGUGGAACUUCGAAGACGCUCAUGAGACGACUGACUUUGUAGCCUUCAUGCUCGAGAACGUGCUCGUCAAGGCUUUCUUGUCGACCACCGACACCAAAUUUCAGGGGUUCUUGUCCUAUGCCAUGCAGGAGCUCCUCAACAGGACGGAUUUCAAGUUCGCCUGCGCCUGCAAGGGCCAGGGCGAUAAAGAGGUUCUCUACAGGAAAUGGCUUGCCUUCUCAGAGAGCACGCGGGAGGUUCUGACGCCGUUCCUGUCGUCAAAGUUUGCGGUGGCGCCAAUGCCGCAGCAGACCACCGAAUACCCGAUCUUCAGGCCUGGAAGGUCGUACGCCAUCUGGCUGAGAGCUCUUGUUCUCGAUCUCCUUCGCAGUGGCCAGAAUCUGUUCAGCCAGGCCCUCUUCGAGCCGCUUUGCCGGCUAAUCAAGGUUAAGGACCUGGCUGUAGCGGAGUUCUUGCUGCCGUAUGUGGUUCUGCACGUCGUUGUAGGGCAGGAACACAGCGAUGAGUUCAGGAACAAGAUCGCGGCUGAGCUGGUGGCAAUCCUGGAACACCAGCCUUCCGAGACUGCUUCGUAUGUCGAGAAGGAGGAGGCGAAGCUGUUCUAUCAGGCUGUGUUUCGAAUCCUCGACUACUUCAUGAUGUGGCUGCAGGCCGGGAAGUCGAGGCCGGGGAUGACAGCGAGGGGUCAAAAGUGGAUUGGAUGGGUCGAGUAUGUCAUCGGCCGUCUUGACCCGGAAUUGAUAUCGCAGCGAGCAGUUGACUGCAAUGAAUAUGCCCGCGCGCUGUUCUUUCUGGAGCCACACAUUGAGAAGCGCGAGAAGAAAGCCGAAAAGGAAGAGAACGAGCGGAUCUUGCAGGCGUUGCAGAACAUUUACACGCAGAUCGACGAUCCCGAUGGCCUCGAGGGUGUGUCGGCGCAUUUUCAGCAUGUUACCCUAGACCAGCAGGCUCUCAACCACCGCAAAGCCGGCCGAUGGACGGCAGCGCAGACUUGGUACGAGAUCAGGCUUGCCGAGAACCCCGAAGAUGCGGAUAUCCAACUGGACCUCUUGACGUGCCUCAAGGAGUCCGGCCAGUACGAUGUGUUGCUCAACUAUGUUGAGGGAAUUACUGUGAACACGGUGAACAGGAUUGCGCCCUUCGCCGUCGAGGCGUCGUGGGCCACCGGCAGAUGGCAAACUCUCGAGAAAUACCUCCGUCUGUACAAUGCCGGAGACGUGUCUGAGGUGUUCAACCUCGGUGUCGGACAAGCGCUGCUCUGUCUCAGGGACGGCGACGUGGAAAAGUUCAGAGAGCACAUCCAGAUGCUGCGAGAGAAGGUAGCUGGCUCCAUGACGCACUCGGCGACAUCUUCACUGCGAGCUUGCCACGACGCCAUGCUCAAGUGUCAUGUCCUCGGCGAUCUGGAGAUGAUUGCCAACGAGAAGCUCAAGGGAGACGGUGACCAACAAGCGGUCCUCACAGCGCUGGAUCGGCGGUUGGAGGUGCUGGGGGCGUACGUAAGUGACAAGCAGUAUCUGCUUGGGAUCCGGAGAGCAGCGAUGGAGCUGAUGCGACCCAAAUUCGGAAAUGAGGACAUCUCGUCUCAGUGGCUUUCUAGCGCUCGGUUGGCCAGGAAGUCUGGGUCGAUGCACCAGUCGUUCAACGCGGUGCUGCACGCUCAGCAGCUCGGGGACGGUUCCGCUAUUAUCGAGCACGCUAGGCUGCUGUACAAGGACGGCCAUCACCGGAAGGCUAUUCAAAUCCUGCAACACGCCAUCUCCACCAACUCAUUCAUCAGCGACAGCUUUGCUGCUCUCAGCGUACCGCCGACGUCGAGCAAGGGGCCCGAAACACAGCGCAACCUUCUGACAGCGCGGGCCCAUCUUCUGCUUGCGAAAUGGCUUGACUCAACGGGCCAGACACAUGCCAGCGCCCUUCGCUCCCAGUAUCAGCAGGCAGCCAAGACGCAUCCGCAGUGGGAGAGGGGCCAUUACUACCUCGGCCGCCACUACAAAAAGGUCCUAGAGUCGGAGAAGGCGCUCAAGCCAGACGAUCAGUCGGAUGAAUAUCUGUCUGGCGAGAUCGCAAAGCUCGUCAUCGAGAACUACCUCCGUUCCCUCAACUUCGGGACGAAGUAUCUCUCCCAGACCUUGCCCCGGAUACUGACCCUGUUUCUUGAGCUGGGCGCUCAGGUUGACAAAGCGCCGGAUGGCAAGAUCUCGUUGUCCCGGGAGCUCCACAUGCGCAGGAAGGCCAUCCUUCAUGAGCUGUACAAACACUUCCAGAAGCACAUCGCUCGCCUACCGGCAUACAUCUUCUACACCUCUCUCCCACAGAUUGUGGCAAGAAUAGCACACCCGAACCUAGAGGUGUUCAAGGUGCUGGAGCAGAUGAUUCUCAAAGUAGUGGAGGCGCAUCCCCGGCAGGCUCUCUGGAGUCUAUUCCCGCUCAUAACGGUGCGACAGUCCGGUGAUCGCCGAACUCGAGGGCUCCAAAUUCUGCAGGCUGCCCGUGGAAUCAGCAAAAGGGUGGAUGGCUCGUCCUACGAUCUGAAGCAAAUGCUCAGGAUGGGCGAGAAGCUGGCUGAGCAGCUUCUCUGUGCUUGCAGUAACGGUGAUUUCCCAAGCAACAAGAGCACCACGGCAAGCAUAACAAGGGACCUCAACUUCAACCACAAGUGCACGCCCUGUCCGUUGGUUGUCCCGGUCGAGGCUUCCCUGACAGCGACGCUGCCGACUCUGACGGACAACGUCCGAAAACACAAGGCCUUUUCCAGAGACGUGAUCACCAUCGACGCGUUUCUGGACCACGUGCUGGUUCUGGGCUCGUUGGCGAAACCACGCAAGCUCACAGCGCGGGGAUCAGACGGGAAACUCUACGGCUUGCUGAUCAAGCCGAAAGACGACCUCCGCACCGACCAGCGCCUGAUGGAAUUCAACGGGCUCAUCAACCGCUCCCUCAAGCGCGACGCCGAGUCGAGCCGCCGGCAGCUCUACAUCCGCACCUACGCCGUCACGCCGCUCAACGAAGAGUGCGGCAUCAUUGAGUGGGUCGACGGGCUCAAGACGCUGCGCGACAUCCUGCUGGGAAUCUACAAGACGCAGUACAAUAUCCAGCCCAACUACAACGAGAUUGCAGCCAAGAUGAAGCAGGCCACCCUGUCCGACGCCAACAUCCGCAUCUUCACCGAGGAGGUCCUCGGCCAGUACCCGCCCGUGCUGCCGGAGUGGUUCAUCAAGCAGUUCCCCAACCCGUCGGCCUGGUUUGCUGCUCGGCUACGGUACACCCGCUCGUGUGCCGUCAUGUCCAUGGUCGGCACCAUCCUGGGCUUGGGCGACCGCCACGGGGAGAAUGUCCUGCUGGAAGAGGGCAACGGCGGCAUCUUCCACGUCGACUUCAACUGCCUCUUCGACAAGGGCCUGACCUUCGCCCUGCCGGAGCGCGUGCCCUUCCGGCUGACGCACAACAUGGAGGCCGCGAUGGGCAUCUAUCGAUACGAGGGCCCGUUCAGGCACUGCAGCGAACUAACGCUCAGGAUCCUGCGGCAGCAGGAGGAGACGCUCAUGACCAUCCUCGAGGCCUUCAUCUACGACCCGACGCUGGACCUGCAGAAGAAGUCGAAGAGACAUUAUGAGGUGGUCGAGAUGCGUCCCGCGAGCGUGGUCGAGAGCAUCAGGCGGAAGGUUAGGGGCUUGUUGCCGGAUGAGAGCAUCCCGUUGGGAGUGGAAGGGCAGGUUGAGGAGCUGAUCAAGCAGGCCGUCAACCCGAGGAAUCUGGCGGCCAUGUAUAUUGGCUGGUGUCCGUUCCUGUAG